GCGGUUCACACCCACAAAUGGGUGGAGAGAUCCCGGACAGCCAACCAUCAACAGACUCACAUGGGCACCUGUUAUGAAAUUCAGACCGGCUGCUGGAUGAGGCGCUCCAGAUCUGAGGUGAGGACGAUGGAGUCAGGCACGCGCAUGCUGCUCCUGCUGCUGGCGGCCGUCCUGUCCCCGACCAGGACCCGCGCGGGCUCGCACUCGCUGCGGUAUUUCUACACCAUCGUGUCCCGGCCCGGCCUCGGGGAGCCCCGGUUCAUCAUUGUUGGCUACGUGGAUGACACACAGUUCGUGCACUACGACAGCGAUGCGGAGACUCCGAGGAUGGAGCCGCUGGCGCCUUGGGUGGAGCGGGAGGGACCAGAGUAUUGGGAGAGGGAAACACAGAAAGCCAAGAUCACCCAGCAGACUUUCAGAAGGAACCUGAGGGCCCUGUCCAGCUACUACAACCAUAGCCAUGAAGGCUCUCACACCAUCCAGGUGAUAUCUGGCUGUGAUGUGGAUUCAAACGGACGCCUCCUCCGUGGAUAUGAACAAUUCGCCUAUGAUGGCCGCGAUUACAUCUCCCUGAACCAGGACCUGAGAACGUGGACAGCUGUGGACAGGGUGGCACAGAUUAUCCGGCUGGAGUUGGAGCAGGCUGGUGAGGCAGAGAGAUACAGGGCCUACCUGGAGGGCGAGUGCAUAGAAAGACUCUGCAGAUACCUGGAGAAUGGAACCACUAACCUGCACGCACGUGCGUGGGGCCUAGGGCAGCUCUUCAGUCUGCCCUUGGGUUGGGGCUCAGUCCUGAGGAAGAAGAGACCUGUCUGCUGGGGUAAUGCCCCUGCCUCUUCAUUCGUUUAUUUUUUUAAACUUUAUUACAAAAGAAAAAAUAAAACACUCCAGAAUUAA